CUCGGCAGCCUCGCGGUGCACUGUGGGAGAAUUGGGUUGUGCUUCGGCUGGAUACAAGAUGGCUGACACUUGUUAGCCACCAGUGUAUUUUUGUUCGAUUCAAUGUGCAUUUAGAGUUUUUAAGAGGAAAAAAAAGAAAAAAUAAAUAUAGAGAAAGAGAAAAGAAAAGAAGGAAUAACGUCGAAUAAUAAAGUGCCAAGGUGAAGUGUUGAUUAUCGUGGACUACUAAGCGGGGUUACGAUCGAAGAUUCUACAAGAGACGACAAGAAGAGAGUUUCUUCCUCGUUGGUGGUAUAUAUCUUCGACUCCCGAGGGUCCGCCUCUGCGUUGGGUGCCAGCAAACAAAAACGGAUUAUGUCAUAGAGUCGUUCGACGGCAGGGGCAGGGGUUGGGGCAGAGGUGAGGCCGGGCCAGGCGGAGAUCGAAUAAGGGAUGAAUGGAACGGCGGCGUUGCGGCGCAGCCUCGGGGGUGGUGGAGGCGCCGCCGGGGGUGGAGCCUCUGAGCCAGCACCGGUCACCACCCUCUACGUGUGCAAGGAUGAAGCUGGAUUCGGGAUGAAAGUUUCUGGUGAUAAUCCUGUCUACGUUCAAUCCGUUAAAGAAGGUGGAGCAGCAGCUAGGGCCGGCCUUCACGCAGGCGACAAAAUAAUCAAGGUCAAUGGGGUGAACGUAAUGCAGUCCACGCACACGGACGUGGUGAAGCUGAUAAAGUCCUCAACGCAGGUGGCAUUGACGGUGCAGCAGAAACCACUCGGUGCUGGAAGUUCGACAGCAAUGGGUACGGGCUUACAGAUUGGCUAUUCGACCGGUCAACAACAUCAAAGGUCGUCAGUUUUGCAGUCUGGUACGACGAUGGUAUCAUCACCCUCGCAAGCUACGACCUCCCUUUAUAGGGCGUCGACUAUACCAAUGGGGGGUAGUAGUAGUGGUAGUGCACCCUGCAACGCCCUUAUCACCGGACCGCAACCGGUCGAUCUAGAGAAAAAACGACAGUUGGAGACCCAACGCGUUCACACAUUCCAGCUCAUGUUGGAGAAGGAACGAAGUUAUGUCGACAAACUUCGUAGUGAGUUAGCCAAAGCUGGAGCCUGUGGCUAUAACACCAACAAUGUUGCAACGUUACAAAAUGAUUUAGCGGGAGCCGAAAGAAGAGUUCGUACCCUGCAGGAUCGACUUGCCGCAAUAACCAACAACGAGCAGCUUUGCUCAUUGGUAACAAACACCGCGUGUACCCCGGACUAUUUUCCACCUUCGAGCAGUAGUAGCGGUGGUGAUGUCCCACCACCUCUACCUUCUCGUAAAUCCUUAUCCAUGCAAAGUCUUUCUCCGCCACCUUUGCCUCCCAGACCUUCACCCGCAAUAAAUACACAAAAUACAGUCCAAAUGGAGGUGGAACGACAUCUGCUGACUCAUUUAACGCCCUCAACCACCAGUCAUGGCAUACCUAACUCUUUUUCGCAGGGUGCAAAUUUAGGUUCGUCAAAUUCGUUAAAUAAACAUCAAAGGACAAAGUCAAGUCCAGAACAAUUGGGUGCCUCGAUGAUCUCUCCUGCAGAGGCAAGCAGACGUUUAAUAGCAUCUGAAUCUGCUUGCGAUCUUUCACCCACGAGACAUGCGAGGCAUAAUGACGUUGAAGUCGAAGAUUUACCUCAUAUUACACCUCCGGGAACUCCACCUCCACCAUAUCCAACACCUAGUCCAGGAAAUGAUACCUCUUCUUCUUUAAACGAUAGUACAUACGAUAGUUACGUGAUUGUUUCUCCACUACGACAGACACUCCUCAACGAAAGCAUUCCUGGCUUACCAAUGUUACAACAACCAAUCAUGUCAAUGGAAGACGAUGAUAUGAGCGAUCAGGAAGUUGGUCAAUUGGAAGACCAUGGACCAUUCAAAUCAUUGUCAAGGUUGUGGGAACAUCAUGCGCAUCUUGCUGUAUUUAUUAAUUACGUUUUAUCAAACAGUGAUCCUUCCAGUCUGUUGUUCUACUUAGUAACGGAUUUGUAUAAGGAAGGAAACGCCAAAGAAAUGAGAAAGUGGGCUUACGAAAUUCAUUCUAGUUUUUUAGUACCUGGUGCACCUCUCCAUCUACAUAACGUAGAUGAAAACGUUGCACAUGAGAUAGAUGAUGUUCUUCUAAAAGAAUCCGACAAAGAAGAAAUUUUACGUAAAAUAUUUUGGAAAGCACGUAAUCGUGCAAAAGAGGAGCUGAACGAACAACUUGCAGAUUUUCAACAGAAAAGGACUGCAGGGUUGGGUACAUUGUUCGGCCCAAGUGACGCUCAGCUGGAUGAAAGUAUAUCUGACAAAGCAAAAGAAACGAAGAUCAUAGAAACAUAUCUUUUGCCUAAAAUGGAACCUUAUCUCGAAGACAUAGAAAAGGAAAAUGUAGAUCUUCGACAGUUCACAACAGCAGCUGGUUUGGCAACGAUAUUAACAAAAAUUUUUCAAGUACGACCAGUGUCUCUUGACCGAGUACCUACUUUUGUAGCUAAAGAUAAAUCAAACAUUAAAGCUAGAUUACUUACGGGAAAGACUAGGAAAAUGACGAUUAGAGGACAUCGCUUUGUAGCACAUCAGUAUUUUACGAUAACUUAUUGCAACCAUUGCCAAUUAAUUAUUGGUGGUAUAGGUCCUCAAGGAUAUCUUUGUAGUGAUUGUUCUCUAAGCGUUCAUCGACAAUGUGUUCGUGUAGUAGAAGAAAACUGUCUCGGUCCAUUAGUCAGGAAAGAGAGAGGCAAUGAUCGAAUAAGUAAAUUAAUGGAACGUAUUCGACCUGAAAGAAAACCACCAUCGUCUCAUCAUCAUCAUCAUUCUCAGAAUCAUAUGUUACACAUCGAAAGAAUCAAAAGAAGCGAAGAAGAUGCGGGCGCAUUAACGGAUGGUGAAAACGGAGAACAUCGUGGAGGCGGUACAACCGGAAACACCGAUAGCAUGGACGAUCCUUCCUCUAGAGAAGAAAUGUCCGAAAUGGUGCAGCAAAAUAUUUCCAGUAAGCCAAAGACAUCGAACAUAAAUAGGUCUGAAAGUUACAAGGAACGGAUACACCAUAAGCGGCAGUUACGAGAAAAAAGAAAAACCAGUGAUCCGAAUCUUUCCAAAACAAAGAGAACAUCGCGGAGGCGGUACAACCGGAAACGCCGAUAACACGGAUGAUCCUUCCUCUAGAGAAGAAAUGUCCGAAAUGAUGCAGCAAAAUAUUUCCAGUAAGCCAAAGACGUCGAAUAUAAACAGAUCUGAGAGUUACAAAGAACG